AUGGGCGCCGGGAGCAAGCAGCCAAGAUCAUUAGCCAUCCGCUGGUAUCCGGCGAGGCACGGUUCCUUCACUCUGAUAGUGUGGUGUCUAGCGGCAUUGGUCAUGCUUCUUAUUCUCCACCUCUUCAUCAGCCGUAAGGUGGAACAGAUUGUGAGAGGGAUAGAUGAGGUGGAGGAGGAAGCUUUCCCGGUGAAGCUGGCCCGGAGCUGGAGGAAUCCACGGGUUGCGCGGCGCAAGGGGGAGCACAGAACACUGCCCGUGGUGGACGAGUUCUUGGUCGAGUCUUCUGCGGUGCAUCAUGCCUUCUUCCCGGAAGGGGAGGUGACCAUGGAUCCAGUGAAUGGUGGGAAUGACAGGAGGUACUUAUACUACCCAGGGAGGGUUUGGCUUGACACUGAUGGAAAGCCGAUCCAAGCUCAUGGUGGAGGUGUGCUGUAUGAUGAGAAGUCUGAGACUUAUUUCUGGUAUGGAGAGAAUAAGGAUGGCAAGACCUACAAAGCUCAUGACAAGGGACCUGAUCGGGUUGACAUUGUUGGAGUAAGUUGCUAUUCUUCAAAGGACCUGUGGUCUUGGACAAAUCAAGGAGUUGUGCUCCAAGGAGAGGAAAAGAAUUUGUUUCAUGACCUCCACAAAUCCAAUGUCCUUGAGAGGCCUAAGGUGAUCUAUAACAACCGGACCGGCAAAUACGUGAUGUGGAUGCACACAGACGAUGCUAACUAUACCAAAUCCUCAAUCGGCGUGGCGAGCAGCGAUUCUCCCACAGGACCAUUCACUUACCUCUACAGCAAGCGCCCGCACAACUGUGAAAGCAGAGACAUGACCAUUUUCAAGGAUGAUGACGGGAAGGCCUACCUGAUAUAUUCAUCCAAGGGCAACAGCGAGCUCCACAUUGCGCGGUUAACCGAUGAGUACCUCGACGUGACCGACGACAUGCGGAGAAUCCUCGUCGCACGGUAUCGGGAAGCUCCGGCGCUCUUCAAGUCCGGCGGCACCUACUACAUGAUAACCUCGGGUUGCACGGGCUGGGCACCGAACACUGCAAAGGCUCACGCGGCGACAUCGAUCAUGGGGCCUUGGGAGACGCUGGGGAAUCCAUUCGUGGGAGGGAACGAGAUAUACAGAUCGACAACGUUCUUCUCCCAGGGUACGUUCGUGUUGCCGGUUGCGGGGUUGCCGGGGCUGUUCAUCUUCAUGGCCGACCGGUGGAAGCCGUCCGAUCUGAGGGAUUCGAGGUACGUGUGGCUGCCUUUGACAGUAGGUGGACUGCCUGAUGAGGCUGCGGAUUACAGCUUCAUGUUCCCGCUCUGGUCCAGGGUGUCGAUUUACUGGCACAAAGUGUGGCGCCUUCCUGAGAAAAGUUACCGAGUGACUUAG